AUAGCUAGAGCAGCUCAGAGCAGCAGGACGGUCGAUCAUCAGCUCGGGUUCAAUGGACGCUGAAGUGCUGCUGUUGUUGUGACAGCUGUACCUCCACUACCUGGUCUGUGUGUCUGGCAGAGAGCUGCUGAGAACACCGAGGUUUAAGAAACCCUAAAAGACGCACCAUUGAAGGACAGGUAGAAAGCCUCACACCAGUGUUCAAACCAGUGUUCACACCAGUGGUGACAACAACGGUGACCAGGAUGGCCUCCUCGCGGCUGAAGUACCUGUCUCUGGGCGUGCUGGUGUUCCAGACCACCUCCCUGGUGCUCACCAUGCGGUACUCCCGCACCCUGCAGGCCGAGGGCCCGCGGUACCUGGCCUCCUCAGCUGUGGUGGUGGCCGAGGUCAUGAAGAUCCUCACCUGUGUGCUGCUCGUCUUCAAGGAGCACAGUUACAGCAUGCGAGCUCUGAACAGCAUUCUGCGUCAGGAAAUCGCCCACAAACCCAUAGAAACGCUGAAGCUGGCGAUUCCCUCGGGGAUCUACACGCUGCAGAACAACCUGCUGUACGUCGCCUUGUCCAACCUGGACGCCGCCACCUACCAGGUGACGUACCAGCUGAAGAUCCUGACCACGGCUCUGUUCUCCGUGUCAAUGCUGGGCCGCCGGCUGGGCGUCUACCAGUGGCUCUCGUUGCUGAUUCUUAUGGCUGGAGUGGCUUUUGUGCAGUGGCCCUCUGAGUCUGCACCGGCCCCGGAGACGGAGGCCCUCUCUACAGGCUCCCAGUUUGUCGGUGUGACGGCAGUACUGGUGGCGUGCUGCUCCAGUGGGUUUGCUGGGGUCUACUUUGAGAAGAUCCUAAAGGAGAGCAAACAGAGCGUCUGGGUCCGCAACAUUCAGCUAGGGAUGUUCGGCCUGGUGUUUGGCCUCUUUGGGAUGCUGGCCUAUGACGGAGAGAGGGUGAAGGAGUCAGGCAUGUUCCAGGGAUACAACUCAGUCACCUGGACUGUCGUAGCGCUGCAGGCGCUGGGUGGUCUGGUCAUAGCAGCGGUCAUCAAGUAUGCAGACAACAUCCUCAAGGGCUUUGCUACAUCGCUCUCCAUCAUCCUGUCAACUCUUAUAUCCUACUUUUGGCUACAGGACUUCGACCCCACUGGCGUGUUCUUCCUGGGGGCCCUUUUGGUCAUCGCAGCCACUUUCCUCUACGGCUACGAAGGCAAGCCGUCCCCCAACCCCAGCAGGGCGUAGGACACUCACGGCUGACACUACAGCAGCAGUAGGAGGUCCUGUUGAAGCGUCAAGACGUGGAGUUGAAAAGAGGACAGAGAGCUGGAGAAAAAGAAGGGGAAAGGUCUUUAUCAUAUGUUGUGAUCACAAAAAGGAAGAGGAGGUAAGCAGGUUGGGGAACAGAGGACGGGAAGAGUGAAAAAGAAAGGUAAAGAACAAAAAGCAAGCACAACGCUGUGAUGGGUCUCACACACCAAAAGUGCCUCAGCUGAGAAGGGUAACCAAUGAGAAAAGAAAACUGUGGCGAAACAGGAUUGUAUGUUUUUGUUUUGUUCGUAUAAUUACCACUGUAGAGAUAAUCCUGGCUGUCACACCGCCAGAUCUAGAGAGGUAUUCUCGGCAGGACCGACUGAUUGUUUUCAUUAAGAGCCUGUUUGACUGCCAGUCACUGUUACUGCCACAUCGGUCACACCUACACAACAACAGAACAGAAGUUGACCUCAGAGUUGCAGUGUUUAAGACUCUAAGUCUUGUCCCACUUUGAGCUCUGAAAGCACAUUUUCCCUGAAAUAACCCUUCCCAGGCACUGUUUACUCUAAGGGUGCGGUCACACAUGCGUGAAAUUUGCAUCUUCGCAUCGUGUGGAAUUCAUAUUUGGUGAACUUUAAAGGUCCAGUGUGUAGGAUCUGGCGGUAUCUAGCGGUGAGGUGAGGAGAUAGCACAAACUGAAGCCUUUCCCAUGUGCCAAGCGUGUUGGAGAGCUACGAUGGACGACGCAAAAACGCAAA